AUGAUAAUAUUUCGAUUUUUUUUCAAAACAGGAUCACUAGUAAUUGAAAAGACCUCAUCUUUAUUGUUUCAGCCAGUGUCCAAUGAUCCUGAAAUUGAAGAUUGCUAUUCAUUAAAAUCAUUGAUUAUGCCAGAGGAAAUUAUUGACUUGAAUGCAGUAAAUCCAUCUCAUAAACCGAUACAUCCAUCACAAGUUACUAAAGUAGUGACAUUCAAUCAAGUACACUCGAUUCUCUAUGGAGAUCCAUCGACAAAACUAAUUUAUAAUUACACAAGAAAAUAUUUUCAAAAACAUUUGGAUUUAUCAUAUCCACAUACUUUUCUUCAAAGAGAUUUAUUCUUUGGAGUUAUUCGAAAACUUCAUCAAUCUUUGAAAGUUCAAUUUGUUGUUGAAGUUGGAUCAUUUACUGGAAACUCCGCUAUUCGAAUGGGAGGUAUUUUGAAACAAUCUUAUCCAGGCUCAUUUCUUCUUUGUAUUGACACUUGGCUUGGAGGUUAA